AUGGAAUCAAGAUUGUUUCUUCUAGUGCUACUGGCUAUGCAGAUUAUUAUAUCUAGGCAGUGUCCACAGUCAGAAGAAAAGAAGUCAUUAAAAGUUCGGAGGGCAACCCUCGAUAACUCCAAAUAUUACCCCCCAGGCUCUGAAGGCAAAAGAUACCCAUCCAGAGAACCAGGAUACCGAGAGCUACGAAGAAAGCCAUCUGGACACUUAACACCACUUAGACCUGAUGACAUGGACACAGAUGGAGUGGUGUCAGUUGCGGUCGGACCCCCGCCUAUAAGACCUAAAUUCGACAGAGGGAAAGCAAUGCGCAAAAACGCAAUUGAUAAUAAUACCCGCAUCACAAGAGCACCGAAUAGUAAUGCUGUCAACUUUGUAAAGGACGUCCUCACACAACUGGGUAGAGAGUUUCUGGCACAUCAAGUCAAUGAAGACUUCGUAUUUGGACAGUACGUCGGCAAUUCCAUGAAAAAUUUAACAAGUGCUUUGAAAGUAAAUAUGCAACAUGACAUUUUAGAACUAAUAGUUAAGUAUCAGAGACUCAACAACAACAGUAUUGGUGAUAUAACUAAAGAAGAAAUCAAGACGAAAGAAGAGGAUAAGAGUAAGGGACCGAAAUAUGAUAAAACGGAGAAAAAAACGACGAACCAUGAAACAGACGAAGGUUGGCCGGAUUUUUCUAACUUGGAAAAAAUUGUUGGUUAG